AUGGCACUUCUCGACAGUAUCCAGAACAUUGGUACACUUGCCAUUUCGGCCGUAGUACUCUACUUUGCAACACACGCUAUUUACAAUCUAUACUUCCACCCGCUCUCGCAACACCCAGGACCUUUGCUCAACGCCAUCUCUCCUCUGCCUCGUCUCUACCUGAACAUCAACGGUCGCGAGCCUCAGACAGUCCUCGAGUGGCACCUCAAGUAUGGCCCUAUCGUCCGUAUGGCCCCCAAUGAGCUCUCUUUUAUCACUCCAGCCUGGAAAGACAUCUAUGGCUUCAAGAGGCCUGAAUUGAAUAAAGACUGGACCAUGUACGCAUUGUCCGAGAACACCAAGAGGUCGAUCCUGCUGGCUGGUGCAGAUCAUGGCAGACAGAGAAAGAUGUUGGCUCCUGCGUUCAGCGAGAGAGCUUUGAAGUUGCAGCAGGGUAUGUUGACUACCUACACUGGAAUGAUGGUAGAAAGACUGGAGGAGAGAAUGAAGGAGAACAAAUCUGUUGAUAUGGCGAAGGUCUUCAAUUGCGUGACCUUCGACACAAUCGCUGACUUGAUGUUCGGUAAGCCUCUUGGCCUCUGCGAAAACAUGGAAUACUCAGACUGGCUCUCCCAACUCUUCGUCUCUAUCUGGCUCGCCGGCGCAUCUCGCGCCCUGCAGUACUUCCCCCUCCUCUUCCGCCUCGCCACAAUGAUGAUUCCAAAGCAUAUCCAAGACUCAAUCGACUCUUCCUACCAGAACACAGUCGACAAGGUCAACAAGCGUCUUGAGAUGGAGACUGAGCGUCCUGAUAUGUUGGGUCUUAUGCUCAGUCACAAGGAAGAGGGUGCCGAGAUGACCAUGGAUGAAUUGUAUGCUAAUGCCGAUCUGUUGAUGAUUGCUGGUACCGAGACUACUGCAACGAGUUUGUGCGGACUCACAUGGCAUCUGCUGAACAACAAGCGUGUAUUGGAGAAGUUGACCAAGGAGAUCAGAGGAGCGUUCAAGAGUAUUGACGACAUCACUAUGGAGUCGUUGCCCAGACUGCCUUAUCUAUCUGCUUGUCUGGAAGAGGGCAUGAGAAUGUUCCCUGCCGUACCUGAAGGCAUCAGACGCAUUACCCCCGCAACUGGUGCCAACAUCAGUGGUCACUUCAUCCCAGCCAACGUCAAAGUCAGCAUCCCCCACUACGCAGCCUACCACCACCCCUCCAACUUCACCUCGCCCAGGACAUUCUGUCCGGAACGCUGGCUCCAGACCUCCCAUCCAGACUACGACCCGAAGUUCGCUGCCGAUAAAAAGGAAGUUCUGCAGCCCUUCUCCGUUGGCCCGAGAAAUUGUAUUGGUUUGACUCUAGCGUAUCACGAGAUGAGGCUUAUCACUGCCAAUUUGCUUUGGCAUUUCGAUGUCGAGUUGGCUGAGGAAGCUAACAAGGAUUGGUUGAAUCAGACUUCGCAUUUGGUUUGGGACAAAGGACCGUUGGCUGUGAAUAUUCUGCCGAGAGGUAGUGUGGUGGUAUAG